CUGAAAUCAGAGAAUUGUGACUUUCUCUUUUUCAUAAAAACUAUUUGAACCGAUUAAUUGAUUAUCAAAAUAGUUGGUGAUUAAUUUAGUCAUCGAUUACUAUUCGAUGAACUGUUACAGCUCUAAUCUCUGAACAUUGUUUUGUUCUUGAUGAAUUCCUCUUCUCGUCCAGACCAGAACAGAAAAUUACACAAAUGUCUUUUGCAUCAUCAUUUUUUUUAACAAUCUUCUGCGACAAACAAAUCAGCUGAUUUUUUUUGUCAUUGUCUCUGUCUCCGAUCAUCCUUAAAGGGGGAAAGAAAGAAAAAGUUUGAAAAGUUAUCAUUUCCACAGCUGGAGCGUCACGAGCGCUGCAUCGCGUGACCCGUUGCCCCAGCGACCAGCAGCGUUGCAUCAGCAUCAGCAUCAGCUGCAGCUGCAGCAUCCGUCACUGCUGUCAAGGUCGCCACACACACACACACACACACACACACACAGAGAGGGGCAUUAUGGGAAGGCGAGGAGAGUCUCACGACCCUCAGGAUCCUGCACCUCUACCGCGCAUGCGCCCGCGCUUUCGUCAGCUCAUCUGACCAACUAACCGAACGAUAACGGGCCGCAGCCGCGUCACGGGACGAGGACGUCGCGUCGCCUCACGGGAUGCGGCGGUGAUGAUGCACCGAGCUGCAGUCACGCACUCCUGCACGUAGAGAAAGCGGCGGGGCGGGGCCACGUCCCGGCAUCAGAGGAGGAGGAGGACAAUAAUCAUAAAGACAUCUGCGCGCGUGAGAGACGACGAGGCCGCAGCAUCCACGGUCCGCGUUGUUCCGACCGGUAGGUGUCUUCCUCUCUCUCUCUCUCUCUCUCUCUCUCUCUCUCUCUCUCUCUCUCUCUCUCUCCACAUUCGUAUUUUGACAGUUUUCAGAUAUGCCCUUCGUGUGAAAACACAUUGAUGGUCGGUGCUUCUUGGCUCUGGUGGGCGACAGAACGGAGGCGCGCAGGCUGGUACCACGGACAGCGCCUGCGGAGGCGUGUGCUCCUUUUCCCGCAGCUCCCAGCCCCGGCGGGCGGGAACCUCCCCAGGCUGCUCCGACCUGCUGCUCCUCCCCCUGAACACAACGAGCUCCUCUCCUCUGAGGUCAGAGUCUCCUGGUGAUCGACCAGCUCCUGUCAGAAGAUGGCGGGUCAGGAAAAGCAGGUGACAGGUUAUCUGCUGUUCUCCCUGUCCACCGCCGUCAUCGGCUCGCUGCAGUUCGGUUACAACACGGGCGUCAUCAACGCUCCCGAGCAGAAACUGCGAUCGUUCUUCAACAGCACCUGGGUGGAGCGUUAUGGCGAGCCCAUCAGCCCGGGGGUCUGUACCAUCGUCUGGAGCAUUGCCGUCGCCAUCUUUAGCGUGGGCGGCAUGGUGGGCUCCUUCAGCGUGGGUGUCAUGGCGAACCGAUUUGGCAGGCGUCGCUCCAUGUUCCUGGUGAACUCCCUGGCGGUGAUCGGUGGCCUCCUCAUGGGCUUCUCCACCAUCUGCUCGUCCUACGAGAUGGUGAUCGCCGGCCGCUUGGUCAUCGGUCUGUUCUGCGGCCUCUUCACCGGCCUCACUCCCAUGUACGUGGGCGAGGUGUCGCCCACUCCCCUCAGGGGAGCUUUCGGCACGCUGCACCAGCUCGGCGUGGUGGUGGGCAUCCUGAUCGCCCAGAUCUUUGGUCUGGAGGCUCUGCUGGGCUCCGACAAGCUGUGGCCCCUGCUGCUGGCUCUCACCGUGGCCCCUGCUGUGCUGCAGUGCAUCCUGCUGCCCUUCUGCCCCGAGAGCCCCCGUUUCCUGCUCAUCAACCUCAAACAGGAGGAGGAGGCACGCAAAGCGCUGGUGCGUCUGCGCGGCAGCGAGGAUGUGAGCAAAGACAUGCAGGAGAUGAAGGAGGAGAGCGCCAAGAUGGCCAUGGAGAAGAAGGUGACCAUCCCCGAGCUGUUCCGCUCGCCGGCGUACCGGCAGCCCCUCCUCAUCGCCGUCAUGCUGCAGCUCUCCCAGCAGCUGUCGGGCAUCAACGCUGUGUUCUACUACUCGACGGGCAUCUUUGCCUCGGCCGGCGUGAAGCAGCCCAUCUACGCCACCAUCGGCGCCGGCAUCGUCAACACCAUCUUCACCGUGGUUUCCCUCUUCCUGGUGGAGAAGGCCGGACGACGGACUCUGCACCUGCUGGGUUUGGGCGGAAUGGCGGUCAGCGCUCUGCUCAUGACCGUCUCCCUCCUGCUGGUGAGCAUUCCCGCCAUGAGCUACGUGGCCAUCCUGGCCGUCAUGCUGUUUGUGGCCAUGUUCGAGCUCGGCCCCGGCCCGAUCCCGUGGUUCAUCGUGGCCGAGCUGUUCUCCCAGGGGCCCCGCCCGGCCGCCAUGGCCGUGGCCGGCUGCUGCAAUUGGACGGCCAACUUCCUGGUCGGAGUCAGCUUCCCCAAACUAGUGGAGUUGUGCGGCCCUUGGGUCUUCCUCAUCUUCACCGCCUUCCUCGUCCUCUUUUUCAUCUUCACCUACCUCAAAGUCCCGGAGACGAGGGGCAAGACGUUCGACGAGAUCGCCCGCAGCUUUGGCGGCCCGCCUCCCGCCUCCUCGUCUGUGGAGGACCCUCCUGCAGGCGCCAGCGCCGCCGGGACGCUCCCCGCCUCGCCGGUGAAGGAGAAGGUGCCGCUGGUGGCGGCGGCGGCGGCGGCCCCGGCUCCUGCCGCCGAAACUACACCUCUGGAGGAUAAAUCCAACUCCACAGUGCAGGAGAGCGUGUAGAGCAGAUCCAGUCAGAGUGGGCGAAGGAGGGAAAUGGAAGGAACUUUUAAAAUUUGAAUUCAUUUAUCACAGCGCGUAAAAAUUAUAACCGACAAACUGAAAAACGCCAGUAUUAUUGAUUUAUGGGCUUUGACUUUUUCAAAAGUCAAGCUUUCGCAAAAUUCACAAAUUCCUUAGUUUACAUCCUCCAUUACAGUCAAUGUACAACGACCGCAGAUUAAAUCCACUGUACAUUCCUCAGCUACAGUCAUCAACAGGGUGAGUCUGUGCCUCCAGUCGAGACGACCUUGUUCCUCACGGGUUUGAGGUGAAGGUGAAUCAUUACAGACUUAGAGGCAAAGUGCGCUGACAAGGACGCGGCCUUGUCUUUGCGUUUCCUUUAAGUCCCCGUAGUGUGAGUGGAUAUCGUCCUGCAAUAUAUAACUUUUGUAGCUGUAGUUUUAUCCUGGAAUAUUUAUUUGUGUUCUAUCUGCUCAUCAUCUUGUCAAAUCACAGGUCAAAGAAGGGAUUUUUAUUCUUUUAAUUCAUGCUCUCUGCCUUUAGCUGUCGAUGAUGAGCUGAACAAACUGGAGAGUUUAAAAAGAAAAGAAGCCAAAGUAUUGAACUUUGACUAACGCCCGGAGGACAACGUUUAUUAAUUCUGAAAGCUAAUUUGAUUCCAGAUUGUAAUCCACAGGUAUUUAACUUGAGUCAGUUGGAUUGUGGUGACGACCACUCCUCCUGCUGUCGUCCUCGUUUGCCUUUGGUUCUAGUAUUUAUUCCAAAAACAAAAUGUCCUCAACACUGGAGAAUUUCAGAAAAGUAGCUAUAGUAUAUCCUCGGACUUACUAAUGACUGCAUGUGGACAAAAAAACAAGUACAUAAGAGUAGGGUAACGUGCAAUGUAUAUAAUUAUUAUAUUUUGUUGAAGAGAAGAUUAUAACUAUUUAUUUCCCUUAGAACUUGAUUUUAGAAAAAAAAUAAAUAUAUAUGAAUAUAAUAAAUAUAGUAAAUUUAGAAUCGUGAUGCUUUCCAGACUAAUUCCGAUGUAUAAAAAAAAGAAUAAAACUCUGUAAAAAGCUUUGACCUUUAAUCACCUGAACCGCAGCUCAGAUAUUUCGAAGAAGUCAAACACUGUAAAUUUCUCUCUAUAGAUUUGUUAACCAGAUCAGCAGCAAAACGCAAACAUUAGAGCCACAAUCAGUAACAUGCGAGUCACUUAGAACACUUAGUGCUUUAUGUCAAAUUAACUUUCAAAACAGCAUCUACCCGAGUGAUUGCGAAUUAGAUUAUAGAUAAGAGUUGUAUAACGUGCAAUCGAUGUAGAAUCUUCAGCCUAAACAAUGUAGGAUUUCAUAUAACGACCAAAAGGGAAAGUGCUAAUAUAACAACAGAACCAAGUGUCUUCAUUUGUUGUCAGGUUGAAAUUACUAUUAUUCAAUAUUGCUUCGACUACUCAAUUGUGUUAAAAUAAUUUACGAUCUGUGUAGUUUGAGUUUCAAAAAGUGAACUCAAAGCGGAGUGAAAUGGGUGUGAACUAGAUUUUUAAAACUUUAAUCCGGCAAACGAUAUUUGGACGUAGCCGCUCUGGAUGCAGGGCGACAGUGGACGAAACGUGACAAUGCUAGUUUUUCUGUUCACGUGUUUCUUUGGGGGGUUGAAGACAAACGAAAACAAAAACCCGAAAGAAGAAGACAUGCCUGACAUCCGUGCUACCAACUGGAUGCUACGUCAUGUGGCCUGUUGGCCUAGCUAGGGAUUAGCAUUGACCUGUUUCGCUAGGACCAAGUUAGCCAUGUUGCUAGCUAUGCUGACAUGUAUCAACAGGGCCGAUACAUCAUAGAUGAAAAGUAAAAAGAAAUAUAUAUCUCUAAACAAUGACACUCUAAACAAGCUAGCUAGCUAACUAAAGCUAGUUCUGUGGUCCACUAAGAGAUCUCUCUGGUUACGCCGUAAAUAACCACAAGGUUUUUUGAAUUAAGCCUAUUGAAUUAAAGAACUUGAGUCAAUUAUUGCCCGAACUUCCAAAAAAAGUCAAGUCAACUUUUCAAUCAUUUUUCCUUCCGUAAAUUCUGACCUGGAAAUUCAUAUUUAGGGCGUAGUUAAAUACAAAAUCAACAUGGUUUGCUCUUUUAUACACACACACCACAAAAACAUAGUUCCUUUUGCUUCCAACGUGUUUCUGAAUGUAUUUGUCGGGUCCAGACGCCGGCGACAUCGUGGCGCUUCGUCUGAAAAGUCAUCCGUGUGCGGCGUCGUACCUUCUACAGAUCUAUGUACUUCUAACAUUGUACAGUGUGUGUGUGUGUGUGUGUGUGUGUGUGGUGUAUAAAUGUACGACGCAAAAAGUAUAUUUUCUAUAUUCUGUCGUGAAUUGUUGUAGUUGGAAAAAGCUAUUGUCACCCCUGCUGCACUUUAAGAACAUAUUUAUUACUUUAUUUAUUUACACUAUGUAUUAUUUAUCUUUUGGAUACACUGGAAAAAUAUUUAUCCUGACAAGAAAUGUGAGCAUCUGCCUCAUUUUGACUCUAAACAUGAAAAUAUGUCACUGCUGACGUUAUUCACAUGUUUCGACAAAGAUAAACUCGUCAGGCUCUUUUGACGCGACGUUAACGAACUUGUCAAGCUGAAUAUUUUUGCUGAUUGUUGGUGGAGCCAUGGCGUCGCUGUGUAUUGCUGUGUUUGUGGACGAUAGCGAUGUACUGUGUUUGCACCGUCACAAUUCAAAUACCUCAGCGGUUUGUGCUCGUCACUAUCCGGAGGUGAAAGGAAGUUGUCUCGGAGGAAAUUGGAAAAAUAAAACGACUUAAAACGUGAUGGAAAGAUUAAGUGUUGCUUUCGAUGAGGCAACGUUAUGAAUUUUGGUGCAUGUUGUAGGGUGUAAUCAUACCUACAACUUUAUGUUGAGUAUGAUUUGUGCAAGGUAACGCUGCACAUUUUAAUAACGUCCUUAUACCAGAUUAGAUAUUUCUGCACUUUGGAAAAAUUGAAAAACAAAUACCCAAAACCUUCCUCUCACUGCACAGCGAUAGGAGAGAGCAAGUAUUCAUUUGCAAAAUAUGUCAAUUUUAAAAUAGUACUGUUAAUAUAUGUUGACUUACACGGACAGAUUUAAAGUUUUCUUUAAUGGAUCCUUUGGCACAGUUUGCUCCUGUCAAUCACUGACCAACACCACGUUUCUCCAUCUCUUCCUCAUCGCUCCAUCGCCGCUGUCAAUUUCGUCUUUUUUUCUUUUCUUUUUUUAAAGCUACAGUGUGUAAUAUUUGGCCGCAUCUGGUGGUGAAGUUGCACAGCGCAAUCAACUGAGGGCUCAGGACCAGCGACGGUAGCCCAAAGAUACCAAACUACUUGCCAUAACUUUGUGUUCUACAACUACGUUGAGUGUUGCGCCGUUUUCUGCCGUUGCUAGGUCACAAAUUAGUUCUGCUUCACGUUUCCUAUUCCUUUGUGAUGAGUCAUGUUCUCCUACCUUCAUUUUUAAUAAAUAAUAAGUACGAUUCUCCAUUUGGCGAACUCUGGCUUCUCAAACUCGUUAGCCUGUUGACGCGCGGCCCCUGAUUCCUCUUCCAGUUUCCUGCAACUCUGAAAAAAUUCCACGAGUACGCCGCAGUGUUUUGUCCCUUUUGGGGAAACCGUGUUCAACAUGGCGGCAUACAUGGAAGUCGGGUCCACCUAUGUAACAUACUACAUAUUACUCAUUGGUUCUUUGUUGCAGGUGAUUAUAAUCAAUCAAUUUCUGUUGAUGAGUUCUUAUACAUUUCACAAACUGCAGCUUUAAUCUGUGAUUUACACAAUGGACUUGUCAGGUUUUUUUAAAUUCUUUUUUGUGACAUUGCCAUGGUGACUGCUGCCAACAUCCCAAAAGUCAGUUACUUGUCGAAAAAAUUCCCAACCGAUACAGUUUCACAAGCUACGGUGACGUUUUUCACCUUUAAUUCAAAGUAGCAAUUCAAUCACAACUUUAUCAAGUUUCAUGUCACGUGACUAAUCUGACGUCUCCUCAGCGUCGCCUGCUGUGAAGCCUGUUUCUGUCCGUUGUUGUGUCUGUGCUCUGUUGGGUCCACAGCUUUGUGGUCGUCACUGUGUGAAUAAAUGUACUGAUCGUAUGUUUUUGAGUAUCACAUACUGUAACGUGCUGCUGGUCGUGCCUCUCUCUGUACCUCACGCAUUACACAAAACUUCCUCUCGCUUCUGUGUUGGUGGGAUGUUAACUGAAACGCUCCCUCAUUCAUUAAUUCUCCAGUUCACACUCCACCGGUUUCUUUGACACCAUUGCACUGUAGGAUUUUAACUUUUAAAAUCUAGAAUUUGAUAGUGGAUGUAGUGACGAGUGAUUUUAUCGUCUGCAUGUUAAAAGGUGUUUCCUGUAAUGUGACGGAUCAGUUGACUUCAGGUGUGAAUAUUCAGGCUUUAUUAAGGUUGUCCAUGUGCCACAGCAGUGAUUCACCCCGACUCGUUCUUGUUUUCACUCGUGUUUGUUCUGUACAUACGAGAUACGAUGUUGUUGAAUAAACUUUUAUUCAUCGAGUAA